CUUAUAUAUAAUAGACCUCUAAGUAGAGGUCUCAUGCUGCAUCACAUCUCAACACAACACAACAUUACAAUAUCAAACGUCCUUUCAUAACAAAAAUUCAAACUUCCCAACUCUAUUAUUUUUGGCAACAGUCUACUACUCUCAUCAAUUACCACAAUGUCCAACAUUACUUCAGAAUACCCACAUGGAGGACUCGCCAUCGUCGGAGGAGGCAUCGCUGGAGUCACUUUAGCUCUAGGUCUCGUCGCCAGAGGCAUUCCAUGCAAAAUCUACGAGCAAGGCCAUAGCUUCGCUGAAAUUGGAGCUGGUGUUGCUUUCGCCCCCAACUCGAUUCGCGCCAUGAGAGCAUGUGAUGCCAACGUCUACACUGCUUUCAAAGCUGUAGCCACUCACAAUACCUGGGAGUCAAAACGUGCCGACAGGGAGCUGGGUCGCAAGGGGUUGUACUUCGAUUUCUUGGAAGGCUUUCAUGAGAACGACAAACUUCUCUUCUCACUUUACAAUGACGAGGGCGCGAAUAGCGUGCAUCGCGCUCAUUUCUUGGAUGAAAUGGUCAAGUUCUUGCCCAAGGAUAUUGCCGCCUUUCGCAAAAGGGUUGAACGAGUGGAGGAAAGUGCUGGUCAAGGUCCAGUCACCCUGCAUUUUGCCGAUGGUACAUCCACUACCGCCGAUGCAGUGGUGGGAGCAGACGGUGUGAAGAGCCAUGUUCGACAAUCGCUUCUGGGUGCUGAGAAGCCCGAAAGCCAUGCUGGCUACACAUACAAAUAUGCCUAUCGUGGACUUAUCCCCAUGGAUAAGGCUGUCGCGGAAUUGGGCGAAGAGGCUGCAGUCAAUUCGAGGAUGUAUCUUGGGCCAGACAGACACGUACUCACCUUCCCCAUCGACAAAGGCGAAACCAUGAACGUGGUGGCCUUCACCACCACAUCCCAGAACUGGCCCGACAUCCACAAGUCUACUCGCGCAGCAACCAAGCAAGAUGCCCUCAACGACUUCUCCGGUUGGGGCCCGACGGUCACUCACAUUCUGAGCUUGCUCAAUGAAGAUGUUGACAUCUGGGCAAUCUUCGACAUGAAGGACCACCCAGCUCCAACCUAUGCCAAAGGCAAAGUCGCCAUCAUCGGAGACGCAGCUCAUGCCACCAGUCCGCACCACGGAUCUGGUGCCGGCUUCGCAAUCGAAGACUCUGCUGUUUUGGCUGAGCUGCUGGCGGACCCUGCUGCGAAAAGACCUUCAGGAUUGCGCGUUGCAUUCCAGGCUUACGAUCAGUGUCGUCGACAGAGGUCGCAAUGGCUGGUAGCGAGUAGUCGACGCACAGGAGAAUUGUAUGAGUGGCAGGCUCAAGGCGUUGGUUAUGAUAUUGAGAAAAUUGGGGCUGAAGUUCAUGAGCGGUUCGAGAAGAUCUGGCAGGGAGAUAUCAAGCAGAUGAUAGCUAAUGCGCAGGCAGCUUUUCAGAGGUUGCUCCCAUAUUCAGAGUUGUAGGAGAUUGACGAUGGAGGGAUUUGUUUGACAUGCGGAGUUUGCGAGAAUGUUUAGCCAAAUUUGAAGAUAUAGCUCUUGAUUUAAAUUUAAUCUAUUGUUGCGUAG